UGGUAACCAGCACACAAGGAGCAACCACAGUGGUGAAACUCCCACACUGCGGCUGCCAGCAUUCGAUCCUGUAUGCUUAGGGACAAUCUACCACCCAGGAACCGCCUUUCUUUAUUCUACACAUGGAGGCUUCGUGUCUUCACAGCAAAGCUUCCCAUUUCCUUUUUUUUCCCUUUUUCUUGUUGCUACACGAUAUUUGCUAAAUGCUGACAUCCUCUGAUUUUUAUAUGUGUAGCCCUCUUUCUCACUGCUGCUGUUGAAACUUCUAAAGUCAGCAAAAGGUAUUAUCUGUCUUUAUCUUGAAUUCGGACAUGGCCUUGUCUUCUGGUUUUUUCACCCCUCAAGUCUGUGCCUCUUUCAAGGUAGAGCGGCGGAGAGUGGGGUGGUGCAAUAGUAUGAUAAGCCAAAAAUUUGGUCCAUCACUUAGAAUCAGAAGCAAGAAGUUGCAAAUGUUUGGGCAGUCAUGUGGAAGUGAAGUAAACCGAAAUAAUGGGUGGAGCUUUCUGAGUGGAAGAAUGAUACUCACACCACCAAAGCUAGGCACUAAUGUUUGCCUCAGAAAAGCCUCCCCGGUGUAUGCUUCAUUGGUGCCAUGUUCUCAGAUUGCGAGUAAUGCUUUCACACUGGGAACAGCAGCUGUUCUUCCAUUUUACACCUUGAUGGUUGUAGCACCUCAAUCUGAGUUUACAAAGAAAAUAGUGGGAAGCAGCUUACCUUACAUGGCUCUUGGGCAUUUAUAUGCUUAUCUUCUCUACCUAUCAUCUUCAUACACCAAUACCAUACCCAAUUAAUCUCAAACAUCAUCUUCAUUAAGGUUUGUGUAACAUUCAGUUGCCAGGCAUGGUUAAGAUGUUCUCCAGUGAAAUGACAUUCUCUUCUGCUUGGAUACAUUUGCUGACUGUAGACCUUUUUGCUGCAAGCUUCAGCUCUCUCUUCCCCUCUCUCUCUCUCAAGUGAUAAUGGUGAUUACUGAUUAGCAUUUUAAUUCCAAACAGGCAAGUUUACGGCGAUGGACUGCAGAAUAAUAUAGAGACGCGGCAUUCUGUGUUGAUGUGCCUCCUAUUUUGUCCGGUUGGAAUCCUUGCCCACGCCAUCACUAAAGCCCUAACCUCAGGAACGAAUGAAACGAAGACCGAUGAAGACGACACCAUUUCUACUGAUUUAAUCAAGUGAUCCACACAUCCUACAUCCCCUCCAGAAAUUGGCGUGCUUCUCGGAGAUCACAGCCCCUCCGACUCUGCAUCCUUUCAAUCCGGCCCUCUCAAUCAGCUGCGCUGCUGACAAAUCCGUCCCCUCUGGAUUGCGAAACACCGAGCCAGCACUUGUCUCCUCCAAUGGCUGGCUGCAUCUCCUCCUAUAAUGUAGUAGUAGUACUACGAGUAUAAUUUAGUAUUGUAGCAAUACAAGCAAAUACUUUAUAACAAAUGGCUACCUUUCCAAGUA